AUGUCAGCUGGCAUCAGAGAGGGUCAUAGGUCAGCUGGCAUCAGAGAGGAGAGGGUCAUAGGUUACCUCUCAGGUUACGUCUCAGGUUACCUCUCAGGUUACGUCUCAGGUUACGUCUCAGGUUACCUCUCAGGUUACCUCUCAGGUUACCUCUCAGGUUACGUCUCAGGUUACGUCUCAGGUUACCUCUCAGGUUACCUCUCAGGUUACGUCUCAGGUUACCUCUCAGGUUACCUCUCAGGUUACGUCUCAGGUUACGUCUCAGGUUACCUCUCAGGUUACCUCUCAGGUUACGUCUCAGGUUACCUCUCAGGUUACCUCUCAGGUUACCUCUCAGGUUACCUCUCAGGUUACCUCUCAGGUUACGUCUCAGGUUACGUCUCAGGUUACCUCUCAGGUUACGUCUCAGGUUACCUCUCAGGUUACCUCUCAGGUUACGUCUCAGGUUACGUCUCAGGUUACCUCUCAGGUCAGGUUACCUCUCAGGUUACGUCUCAGGUUACCUCUCAGGUUACCUCUCAGGUUACGUCUCAGGUUACCUCUCAGGUUACGUCUCAGGUUACCUCUUAG